UCUACAUCAUUUUGUCUCAAUCAAACCAUGUAAUAAAAGCUAGUGUCAUAUCAUAUUUUAUUACUAAUACAUCACGGAGGUGUAUAUUGUUUUAUUGUUCGAGGGUGAAUUCGCGAGUCCUUCGACACGUGCGCGAGCGUGGGCGCGUGAGAGCGCGGCGCCGCGUCGGUGAUUCCUCCUUUCGGACCGGCGUUUCGACGCGCCUUCAGUCGCGUUCCGCGCGUCAUACAAGCGAGUGUGUCUUUACUCGCAUUCUGUCCGUUGCUGGAGCAUUUUUACCCUUUACCCAUCCGAGCGAUAUGUGACGAAAUGCAAGUUUGAGAAACUGAAAAACAAAAUAAAACGCAUAAAACUAACUGCGUAAUCAUCAGCAGAUAAACUUGCGGCUCACUUGGACGAUCAUUGGAUGCAUUCUUCAUGCAGAAGGAAACAAACUGUUUUCUUAAGAACUCAAUAUCAGUGAACGCAAUCAUAAACAAGUGAUAUUCAAUUUCGUACUGUUUGAGAGACCAUAAUUCUCGUCUAACCAGCACGCGCAUUAUGUGCAACAAUGAUAUCCGUACGGGAACAUACUCGUAUUUCUUCCUGUUUCGAACAUGCUUGGACUGAAUUGUUCAAUUACUCUUUCAAAUAUUCCUAGCACAACGAGUGAGUCACGGAAGAUCAGAAACAAGAUAUCAUGGACCUUCCUGCACUCUGCUAAAUACUUCGUGUCGCAGGAUAACUAACAGAAGUCAAACUCAAGUCAUCGCGAGAGUUGUCUCCUCAAACACGAGAUCGGCCAACAUUCAACCGACGACAUGACUCUUUCACGAGAAGUUCGUGGAGCAAAAACCUGAGCGGCGGAUCGUGGAUAUUGUCGAUUGGAACGAUCAUGUCCGGGGACGCGAACCGAGCGCGGACCGACGACUGGAAUCUGACGGCCGGUUUCGAUCUGGAACGCGUCGAAGAAUUAAGGAACGUCACCGACGAGCUCUACCCCAUACCGGAUUACAUCAACGUCACAUCGCUACCAGAUGUCAAUACGACGGAGGAGAUUGACUCGUUUUACUUCUACGAGACGGAGCAAUUUGCGGUACUAUGGCUACUAUUUGCAGUGAUAGUCGCCGGUAAUACUGCAGUUCUCGCCGGACUUCUGCUGGGAAAACGUAGAAAAUCUCGAAUGAAUUUCUUCAUCAUGCAACUGGCUUUUGUCGAUCUACUGGUUGGCCUAAUAUCCGUGUUAACGGAUAUAAUCUGGAGAACGACUGUUGCGUGGUAUGCGGGUAAUAUAGCUUGCAAACUGAUAAGGUUUAUGCAGGCUGUAGUAACCUAUAGCUCGACCUACGUCCUUGUGGCUCUAUCAAUCGACAGAUAUGACGCCAUUACCCGUCCGAUGAACUUCUCCGGCAGCUGGUGGAGAGCUCGAGCUUUGGUGAUUACAGCUUGGGCGCUAUCAGCAUUGUUCAGCAUGCCGAUCGUAUUCCUGUACGAAGAGAAACAAAUACAGGAUACGCCGCAGUGCUGGAUCGAUUUAGAUCCGACUCAAUGGAAGAUCUACAUGAGCCUGGUGAGUUUUAGCCUCUUUAUAGCACCCACACUGAUAAUAGGAGGCUGUUACACGGUCAUCGUAGUCACGAUAUGGUCGCAAGGAGCAGCGCUACGUCAGGGACCUACUAGAGAUACUAGGAGGGCGUCUUCAAGGGGUCUCAUUCCCAAGGCGAAAAUCAAGACCGUAAAAAUGACCUUCGUCAUAGUAUUCGUAUUUAUCCUUUGUUGGAGUCCAUACAUAGUCUUCGACCUUCUUCAAGUUUAUGGACACAUACGAAAGACUCAAACAAAUAUUGCAGUCGCUACCUUUAUACAAAGUUUGACACCGCUCAAUUCGGCCGCUAAUCCAAUCAUCUACUGCCUUUUUAGUACUCCUUUCUGCAAAACCGUACGGAACAUGCAGGCAAUCUCCUGGAUUUCGGGUUGGUGCCCGGCAAAUUCGCAACACUGCUUCGGUACUGGGGCGACAACCAGCAGUACGAGGACGACUGUGACGACAUCCUUGACGGCCCAUUCCUCUCGCAGAAGCGGACACUUUACUAUGUUGCAUUCUACGUCGCGAAAACGUGUUAUGGUCUCCCUAGUUUAAAAAUCGUGAUUUUUUAAAAUUCAAGUCUACACGUUUCUUCGUAGAUUGAUAUCCUAGGUCGAUAUUCGGAACAGACUUAGUGUAACUAACUCGCUUAUAGUAACUUGCUAAUAAUUGAAUCAAUUAUUACUUAAAAAAACGCAAGUUUCUU